AUGAGCUCUGAAGACCAAUUUAUAGAUUUUUAUGAACUUUUGGGUGUUAAUUAUAAUAGUGCAAAGGAAGAUAUCGAUAAAGCUUAUCGUCGUCAAGCCAUAAAAUAUCAUCCAGAUAAAAACCCGAACAAUAUAGAGGAAGCUACAAAAAAAUUUCAUAAACUCUCAAAGGCAUAUCAAACUUUAACGGAUCCACUAAAAAAGCUAGAUUAUGAUAAUACAUAUAAAGCUCGUAUUGCGGCUAAAAAGAAAACCGAAGCUUUGGAUCAAAAGCGAAGGCUUAUGAAAGAAGAUUUAGAAGAAGGUGAGAGAGCUGCGAAGCAGACAAGAAAAAAUGUCUUUACAGAAGAGUCAAAGCAAGCAAAGAUUGAGCGUUUAAAAGAAGAGACAGCUCGAAGGCGAGAAAAGUUACUUUCUGCGAGGAAAAAAUUUAAAUGA